GUCAGUAGCGUCGCAGCGCUCCUCCAACGCGGUCGGACCUUCGGGCUCAAAGUCAUUUCGGCUUAUCGGCACCGAUCUCCGCCGCGUUAUUACGGCCAAUCAGUGUUUGCUCUGCCGCUGCUGCUGCUUUUUCUUCUUUGACUUCGAUAUUUUCCCGCUUUUGUUUUCGAUUUUCGCCGAAACCCUUAAAUCCUGAUUACACGCCAAUACGCAAAUCGGCAGUAGUAAUAACAACGAUCGCUCGUCCAUUUGCGAAAUGAAGUCGUGAGUAUAUUACGGGCCGCUUCGGGGAAAGUCCGGCUUAAAAAAUCGAGUCCGCGUAAAUAGUGCCGGCGUUAACGAGAAAAUUCGGGUCUUCGUUACACACGAGUUUACGCGCGGUUUGAUUUAUUUUUACAAGCCGUAAAAACGACACAGCGCCGCGCCUUGAGACACACAUCACGGGGGCCGUCUGGCUUUGGCGCCUGUCUCUCGCGGGCUCUACACGAGAGCGCACGAAAUUGCCGCGUCCGAAUCUAACGCCAUCAGACGGAGUCCAAGAGUCAUGGGGAUUACAUACAAUUGAAUGACGAAUGGUACACGUUGAUUAGAAGAGGGACAAAGGACGUUUUUUUCGUAGUUUCUGUGCAGAAGGAGGAUGUAUAUCGUUUCUUCUAGGCUUGAUCGCUAUUGAAUUAAUUUGUACUCAAUUCGUGCUCAAGGAAAGACGUCGAGUGAUACGGAAUUCGGUCUGGAUAUUUUUGUCUGCGUCGAGGAAGAUGAUAAAUUUGAAUAAGAGACAGCAUUUUGUAAUGAAAUGAAAUAAUGUGCGCACUUUUGUCAUCGCAGUAUGUACACGGUGCUGUGAAGUUUUGAGAUUAACGCUGAAGUGAUCGCGUGGAACUUGCUUCGGUUGAAUAGAACUAUAACUUGGAUAUUGCGGAACGCUUGCGAAGUCGUCCGAAAUCACUGCCGGGUCGCCUCUUAGUUCUCUCUGUUUGCUGGAAACAAGUGAGGGAGAUCACGUCGUCGCUGCGACUGCGCUGCGUCCUCUCGAGGACAAUCAAACCAAGAGGGCUGACCGUGAGAGAUAUAAAGACAAAGGGUAGGCGGGUCACGCGCGCUGCGGCCUUUGUCGCCUGCGGGCUUCUCAGAAGUGGCAGCGCCAAUCUAGUCUGCUACGAAGAAAAUCUCCUCUCUCUCUCUCUCUCUCUCUCGAUCCCCUGAAUCCCGUCGGACGCGGAAGUCGGAAUACGUAGGCGGAGGAAGGAAAAAUUGUUGUCUACUGCUGCCAAGAGAGAGAGAGAGAGAGAGAGAGAGAGAGAGAGAGAGAGAGAGAGAGAGUGGAAUAAGUGCUUCCUUCGGCUGCUCUCUAAUUGCGCGAGCUGUGUGUGGAGUCGCGAGCUUUAAUGGUCGAGCUUCGCGACGAAAAUAGCCGGGGAAUUGGACUCGUCGUUCGCUCUUCGGCGAUGGGUUGAGGAUCAGCUCGAGAAGCUGAAGAAGACCGUGUACGCGUGUGCGAGAGAGGGAGAGACGGAGCUUUAAGACUUCCGGGUAGUCGAGAGGACUUCCGAGCCAACGCAGCGGAUGGAAGCCCAGAGCUACUGCUCGUCGAUGGCUAGCCGAGAUAUGCUCGCCAGAGAAUGAAAGCAGCAGCAGCAUCAGUAGUCUCGCUCUCCGAAAUUUGAAAUUAAAAUCCAUCGCAAUGGCAUCAUGCGUCGAGCCUCGUCAUCCAGCAGCUCGUGCAGGCAGUAAAAGUCGCCCGUAAAGAGAGCCGCGCGCGCUGGAAAAUUCCGUAAAACGAGACACGCCGCCAGAAACAUGGCGUACGGGACGACGAUUCUACCGGAGGAGUUGCUCCUCCAGCACCAAAACACCGGCAACGACAGCUUCGCCGAAUGCUUGAACGCGACCUCGGGCUGUAGCGCCGAGGAGAACUACGUUCCCUACGGCGACCGACCGGAGACCUACAUAGUGCCCAUAGUCUUCGCCUGUAUUCUCGUCGUCGGCGUCAUGGGCAACGGACUCCUCAUGCUCACCAUCUGCCGUCACUCCAACAUGAGAAAUGUGCCCAACACUUACGUCCUGUCCCUCGCCAUCGGUGACCUGCUCGUGAUACUCACGUGCGUCCCGUUCACCUUCACCGUCUACGUACUGGACUCGUGGCCCUUUGGACUGAUGCUGUGCAAGGUAUCCGAGUGCGCGAAGGACAUCUCGAUCGGCGUCUCGGUCUUCACGCUGACGGCUCUAUCAGCCGAUCGGUUCUUCGCUAUCGUCGAUCCCAUGAGGAAGCUCCACGCUACAGGUGGCGGCAAACGAGCGACAAGAUUCACGAUGGUGGUGGCGACACUGAUAUGGCUCCUGGCGAUAUUUUGCGCCAUACCAGCCUCAUUUUCCUACAUCCGCGUGUUCAGGGUCAACAAGAACGUCACGUUCCUGACCUGUUAUCCCUUUCCGGAGGAGUUUGGCCCGAACUAUCCGAGAACUGUCCUUAUCUGUCGCUUCUGCAUCUUCUACGUCUUCCCGCUGAGCAUCAUAGCCGUUUUCUACAUGCUAAUGGCGAGGCACCUGGUGCAGAGCACGAGGAACAUACCCGGCGAGAUGCAGGGCCAGGUGAAGCAGAUAAAGGCGCGCAAGAAGGUGGCUAAAAUGGUGAUGGCCUUCGUGGCCGUGUUCGCGAUCUGCUUCUUCCCGCAACACGUGUUCAUGCUCUGGUUCUACCUGCACCCGAGCGCUCAGGACGAUUACAACGCGUUCUGGCACUACUUCCGCAUCCUUGGCUUCUGCCUGGCCUUCAUGAACAGCUGCAUCAAUCCCAUCGCGCUCUACUGCGUCAGUGGCACGUUCCGCAAGUACUUCAACAGGUACCUGAUGUGCUGCUGCUGCUGCGCAUCGGCCCGCAGGCGAUCGUCCAUUUCCGGCUCGAAUCGACGAAACCAGAGCUUCUCGUUCACAACGUCGCGCAGACAUACGAGCUCUCGACGCGGUCAGCAGAGUGUCAUUCACAUGCCCACCUGGCAGACGACGGGCAACUUCACCGAUGCCAGAGGACGCUGCACCACCCAGGAACAGGAGACGACCGUCACGGUCUUUCAGAAUGGCCUGGAACAACGGAUAUGAGAUCAAAGUUUUCGGAGCGUCCAUUGGAGGAUCCAGAGACCAAACAAUCACAAUCGAAUGAUGGAAAACGCCAUUGUGGAGGACGAGAUCAUCACGUUCCUUUCGCCGCCCACGCAUCAAGCGAUGCGACGAUAACGAUAACAAUAAUUAUUAUGUUCUAGAGUAUUAUGUAACGAACUGAAGACAAACGCAUCAAGUGUGUAAAUAAUAUUGCCGUUGACUGUUAACACGCUUCUAUUAUACUAUAUACAUUUAUAGAUUUUACGACAUCUCGUGAAGAUCGACUUUACAAUAUAUUCUAAAUUAUAAGAAAGUUUCCGGCCCAGGUAAACCCAUCGGUGAGUGGAUUACGUGUACCAAGACUUUGCGAAUCCAUCGUGAAGGGGAGAAGCUAUGCGCGACUAAAUAAGUAACUCAUAUAUAUGCAUUAUAAUAUCAAUGUCAUAAUAAUUAUACAUGAAUAAUGUAAUGUUUACUUAUUGUUAUAUACUUUUUAAAAAUCGAAAGAACCAAUCUACGAUUAUAAUUAUAAGUAUAUCCGUGCAGUAUUGCAUAUUUUUACUGUUACCGACCAAAAUUUCGACGUACACAUUAUAAUAUAUACGCAUAUAAUAAUAUCGACGUAUACAUGUAUACACAUUACACACACACACACACACACACGGAUCUCAUUGUGCUGAAGAAAGUGAAUCUAGAAACUUAACGUAAUCGUUCCCAUUGCGCGAUAAUAAGGUGUAUAGUUUUUAAAUAAAACACGUUCAAAUAACGUUUUUACAAUAAAGCUUCCCUUAUUUAUUCA